UUAGAAAAACAAGUGAAACAGAAUUAGAAGAUUCUUUAGCCAAUGAAGCGCCCUCUGUAUUAGGAGAAAAACUAUUUCAAUAGUCUUUUAUUUUCCAAGUACCACAGCAUAGUCGUGAGAGCUAUCAAGUAUACAACUCUACAUUUGAGAACGAAAAAGGUUUUUAUCAAAUAAAAUGGGCGAAGAAGAAUCUACGGUUGAAACAUCUGCGACACGUAAUGAAAAAGAAGGAGAAAAGCCAUUAGGAGAGUUUCUGGAAAUAUCCGAGAAUCCCCAUUCCAUAACAUACCAGCCAGAAAAUGGGAAAUUAAUGAGCCUAUUAGACCCAAAUGUGUAUGCCACAAAGAAGACUAUUGCUCAGGGAAUGCUCGAUGUGGCUUUAUUUACAGCCAAUGCUUCACAGUUGAAGUAUCUACUCCACAUGGGAACACGCCAUGAAUUCUAUUAUCUGUUGGUUACCCUUAUCAGCAUAUCUAUCAUCUUACAGAUCUUGAUCGGAGCGUUGUUCAUAGUUAUUGGUCGCUUGGAUGUGAACAGGGAGAAGCACCAACCACGAGCUAACAGCCUCAACAAUAUCAUUACUAUUGGGAUAUUUGUCAUAACCAUUGUCAACAUUCUCAUCGCUAGCUUUGGUAUGAAGAACAGCGACAAUCUUGCCACGAUUUUGGGAAAUACAUCAUAAAAAUUGUAGGUAUUUUUUGGGGGGGGGAAGAAUUCGACCAGUUAUUAGGAAUGAUCUUAUUUUAUGGCCGAAGACGCUACUUUUUGAACGCAGAUUACAAUAAUAUAAAUGAAUAAAACAGUGAUCCAAACUUGAUAUGUGAGGAAGACAACUGAUAUUUUGAGAACCUGGAGCCUUAGAAACUUUUAAAAACAAUCCAAAAAUUUGUUUUCCGUGUGUCGAUAUUUUCUCAUAUGCUCUUAUACUUUAUCUAUGUGAGGAUUUGUUUCGCUUUCCUUGAUGUUUUUUAAUCAUUGUUUUCUGAUAUAAGUGGACCGAGCGUGGCUUAGUGGUCAACGUGCUCGGACUUUGGGACCAGGAGUGUACAGUAAGAGUGACGGCUGAAUCCCACUAUUCGCUUAGACAAGAGUAGCCCAAGAGUUGGCGAUCCCUUCCCACUAGUCAAAAUUAGUUAAAGUAUUUUUCAAAAACAUUUCAAUAUAAUUAUUAAGUUUUACACUUAUGAAUCUCGUUUCAUGUUACCUUAGUAUACGAAAUUAGGACUAAAAUAAAUCGUUUAAACUGACAGAACAUUCUGAGAUACUGAGUUUGAGUACGUUAUAUUAAAACGAUUUUGGGGUCUAACCACGUCGUUACAGUCUAUGUCACCACAUCCAGUGAUGUUGUAUCUGAAGACCGAACAUGCUGAUAAUAUCCUGCAACGUAGUUUCCAUCGCAAAAGGCUCAUCGCAAGGCUGUCAUGUCCAAAGCACACCACACUUCUUUGCAGGUUUUCCACAGUCCAUCAAGCUUACGGGGAUGAAGGUUUCACAUUUUUCGUCAGUUUGUUAUAUAUUAUGUGUUGACUUAUAUGUAACUUGAUCUAAAAUGUAAUUGUCUUACUUUUGGUCAGAAGUUGUCAAUAAGUACAAAAUAUCUGAAGCUAUUUAUAUAUACGCUCUUCUUUUUUCUUUUUCUUUUGAAAAAGAAACUGAAUAGAAAACUUUUUAUAGUGUGUAGUCCAGAAGGCGAAAAAGCACGAGUUCUUUUAGGCCAGAAGAUGUAAUGAAACGAGAAUGUCACUAUUAAAGAUAAGUUAUCAUUUUAAAAACAUUACCGACAUCUUCUCGAUCAUGAAAUGAACUACCCUCUUCACAAGCAUAUAUGUUUAUAUAUAUAUAUUGAUUGUUUUUUCUAAUUCAUACAGUUAAGGUUUAAAUUAUGAUAUCAAGACAUGGCGAUUCAGGGUGUUCUACACAUUAAGGUGGAUGGCACUACCACUUUAACAGUAUUUCCAGUAAGAAUACAAUGAAUUAACACCUCAGAUAUAUUUUAUCUCCUGUACAACAAUGAUAACAAGAGUUAUCGUUUCUUUUUUUUGAUAUUCGUAGUGGUCUAGUUAAGAAUGUCAUGUUUUAAAUUCUUACUAGUCUUAUUAUGUGUUUUAUCCCAUCUUUUACCCUAAAAUAUUGUUUCAAACAAAGAAUAGAUGUUUAAUCAAACACAAUCUAUACCCGAUUAUAAAAAAUAUAUAUUUUAAUGGAUGUCUGUGUUUGUAACCUUUGUCGCCUAAGAAAUAUUUUAGUACAUCUUGAUAUAAGAGAAUGGGUAAGAUAAUAUUGUUAAUAAUAUUUUAAUACAAGAGAGUGGGUAAGAUAAUAUUGUUAGUAACAUUCUAGUACAUCUUGAUAUAAGAGAAUGG